GCGUGGUGAGUUGCCAAGGAGACUGUACCGAGACGAUGAAGUGCAUGGGCCCGGACUUCAAUACCAUUCUCAACAGCAAUGAUAAACCAAGUCUGUGCAAGGCUCUUCCGGAAGUUCUGAAGUGCAUGCGCGAGAAAUCUCGAUACUGUGAGGGCGCCAUUAAGGCCAGCUUUGACAGAAACAUAGAUACACUGCAGAAAAAGGAGAAACAAUUCUGUUAUAUCCAGGAGUCCUGAACUGUGUGGAAGAGGUCAUGAACUCGUGUGGAGACAGAGUGCCUGCUCAAAUGAAGCAAUACGUGACAAAGCUCCGAGAUGACGCUAAAUGUUCACCAAACACCGGCCCAUCUGAUUCAGGUCAUGUGAUCACCGCCCUCACGCUGCCCUUUGUGCUCCUGCUUUCUGCUACUCUCAUCUUGUUAGCAUAGAGUGGUCCAGAGAUCUAGAGAGUUCCUGAUCAUGACCUACACCCCUCCCCCUUCCCACACUCCCCUGUAAGGUGCCAUUGUCGCAGCAAAAACAUUUCAGUAUUCUCAGGAAAGGAGGCUGCUACUUUUAGUUUCUGCAAUUUCUCCAGGCAGUGUCAGUAGUUGGACUUAAUACAGACCACCUCAUUGAUCUAGUAGAAGUACAUGGAUGCACAGGCAAUGAAGCUGGUUGAAAUUCAAUGCAGGUUUUUUUUUAACAGAAACAAAUUCGAAAAAAAUUUUGCUUUUAAAAAAUGAUGUCUAAAAAUAUGCAAAUGAAACUCUUCAACAUAAGAUGAAGUCCCUUGCUCCACACAUCCCUUAUGUUUUUUAAAAUUACAAAAUAACUCACAUUUACUCAUAGAUGAAAAAGAAAUGUUUGACAUUAGAUUAGUAUCAUUGGAGAAAAGCGUCAUCUGCAUUUUACCUUUAUUUGGGCACUUCUGCAUUUGUGUUGAGAAUGACAAUCAAAAAGCCCUGAAGAUUCUUGAAAAGAGAAUUCUUUGAGGAGCACGUGCCAUUUGGAUUGACAUAAUGAGAUUACCCUUUGACUUUCAGCUUGUGCUAGUCUAGGGGAUUCAAAGGACCUUGUUACUCAUGUGAGCUGAGUCUACACUGAGGCAGCACAGACAAAUUUUGUAAGAUGUUUAGUGGUAACCCUACCAAAAAAAAUCACUUUUCACAUGCUGCAAGGUGGAUGUAUAAGGCAAAAAACUAUGUCAGAGGGAAGAAUGUAAUGUAGUGUAUAUAUAUUUCAUCACCAUUACUUGUACACAUACUUGCUUUCUUCUUGAACUUGAAGGGUGGGGGUACUAUUAGUGCUUAAACAGUUCAGAAUACUGUGUGUUUUGUUAACAUGCUUCAACUGGAAAUAACACUAUAAGAAGUGGUUUUGUCGUAAUUUUACCCUACAUUUCCUUGAAAUUUUUCAUUAAGACCUGUCCUUUUCUUUCACCAUACUUUGUGCAGAUUGAAAUAACCUGCAAUAUGACAGCAACAGUUUGAAUGCCAGUAUUUGAAAUGUGAAACAGUUUCAAUACCAGUACUGGAAAUGUGAAUGUGAACUCAUUUUAUGAUAUUGUCUCACAACUGGUAACCAUAUCAUCCAAACUGUAGCAUACCUCCAGUUGAACCUUGCACCAAAUUGCAAAAAAUCCAUCUGGUUACUUUACAAAAACUUUAUUUACACCUCUUUUUCUUGUACUUUUUUUGCCUGCAUUGGGUGGUUGCCAGUGGAUGUGUAAAAUACAAAUGAAGUUUACCCCAUUAUGAAAGCCCACAUAGACCUAUCUGCUGAACCAUUUUUUUCAUCUCGGUUUCAUCUCCUUCCCUUAAAAUAUAUAUUUAUUCAAUUAAGCAUCGUCGAUGCCAUGUCCUAAUUUCCUUUAGAUACGUCACAAUAUUCAACAAGCUGUGUUUCCUUAUACUUUUUCGGUCAUGAUCCUGAAUUUUGUGGUGGUGCUUAAAGACACUCCUUCUGUUUGAGGGUUUAUUAUUAUUUAGUUUUGUCCUAUAAGAUAAACGUGGCGCUUAAUCAAAACUAAUUUUUAUUCUAUGAACUUGUGAGAUGUAGACAAAGUAGUGAAAUAGACAGCAAGCAACACUGUGGCUGUGACAUGACAAGCCUGUGAUUCUAGGGGCAUCGAAGGAUGAAGUUGGAAAAGAAAAAAAAACUGUUUAGAGUCAGCAUGGGAAAAGAAAGAGUGGAGGUGUUGAUACAAAAUGGCUGUGUCUUCUUAUCACCGCUGAAGCAUUGCCCUUGCAGAAACUGAGUAGAAUGUCAUUUAAUGUAUCUUACCCGCAAUGUAACUCAGAAGAUGAUGACCUUGACAGAUUUUGACCCUGAACUUGAGGUACAGGAAUUAGUUUCGGUCCAGUCUAUCAAAAAGUGGCCAAGCCAGAUUUAGUUUCAUGCUACAUGAAAUAAGCCUCAGGCAAAUACCGCUUCUGCAGCCUGUUUCAUUUGUCAAGAUUAGUGUUAGAUACUUUUUACAGAUUAUAUGAUAUAUAAAUAUAUGAUAUAUAAAGUGUGUUUACGUCUAAAUGGACUCUAUCAUAUGUCACUUUUCGUAAUAUUGUAAAGCGAGUCUUACACUAAGUAGUCUAAAUGGAAAGCAGUGAGAGUGAGAUCGUAACUGCAGAUAAUGAUCAAAAGUGGAGUGUCGCUAGUCAGUUACAUUUUUACAUCACUGAUUUCUGACACUGAUAAGCAAAUUCACUAGGUGUUUUCUGCUUCUGUUUGUCACAAAUUAAUGUGCUGCAGGCUUGGGAAAUACUGCUGAUGUAAUUUUUCUUUGAAAUAGAGUUACGACAGUAGUAUUUCCAAGUAGCUGUAUAUAUAUAAUGAGUUGUCGGGUGCUAAAUAUUGGUCCUCUUGAUUCAACGAUGGAUAAAAACCUUCUGUCUGCUGUCAUAUAUAUGAAUCUUAAUCUCCUACAUUUUUUUAAAGUGUGUGAAGCAAAUCAUGUAUAAUGUUAAUGUUCGCAUAAAAUGUACGUUUUUCUUACUUAAUUUUAUCGAAUUUCAUUGCUCCGUCUCCGCAUCUACGAGCUAUUCUGCAUGACGUGUGAUCUCUUGAUGAGAAUAACCUUAUUGUACAGUUGAUAUUAUUUACUGCAUAUAUCUACCCACCACGAAGUUUUAGGCGUGAAGCUUGUUUACAGUGAAUCUUACCAAACUCUAUUAUCUUUUCAUUCAUGUACUCAAUACUUUUUUUUUUUAAUUUUACUUGUAUUCAGUUGUGUCAAUGAGAACUCAAGUUUUUCAUUACUCUUACUUAUGAUGUUGAAUUUUGAAUAACUUUGGAUUAUGUGCUCUAUUUCUGUUGAGGUGGGGUGAAGUUAGGAGGUUGUAUUUUAUCUGUUGUGUUAAAGUUAAAGUCGGGGGGUGUUGGUACCAUAUUAAGCUUUGAUCUGGGUUUCUAGUCCUCAUUAAUUUCUCCGAAAUAACAAAACACCAGUGCAGUCUCAUUGUUAUCAUUCAUACCUGGGGAAAGAAAGCUAAAAAAAUUUUUACAGAAAAUACAGGGUUAUGUCGAGGCAAAGAAUGGCAGCUCAAAUACUUAGAAAACAUACUACCUUUUUACAUAGUACCAUGAAGAUAUAUUUGCCCUGAAUUCCUUUGAAAGUGUGAACGAUCAGAAACCAGAAACAACAUGACAAGUGGGUAUGAUGCACUGCAUAAAUGUUUCCUCUUCCUUUUGCUGAUGAUGAGCUGGUAACUAAAAUUCUUAGUGCUUUAGUUGAUAUAGAUGAACAAAUAUUGGUCUUUUGAAGGUCACGCUACACAAGUAUUAGUAGGAAAUUUUGAUUUAGAAGGAAGAAUGACUUUGGAUACAAACAUUGAAAUUUUGCCUGCUGUCAUUCAUUAUCGUUGUAAUGUGAUCCAUCUAGGAAAUCUUUUUGCUUUUGUGAUAUUUCAUUGCAUUAUUGUUUAUUAUCUCUGCCUGCUAAGGUUAUAAUUUAAGAUCUAUUUGCUUUUCAGUGUAUUGAGGCUUACCUAUGCAUGAAUGUAUCAGUGCGUGUUUACAAAGGAAGGACAGACGUUUUUUAUGUGAAAACUAAUGAGUAAUGUUUCCAAGUUUGCCUGUGAAAUUUUGAACGAACUGUAAUCAUCAAUUUAUCUGUUAUAUAAAUAUUAUUAUUUAUUAUUGAUUGUCAUAAUAUCAUGUAUGUUAUUGAUUUUAUUGUUGUGGUAAUGCAGUUGUUGAAAUCCUGACAACUUCAGCACAAUAAACACUACAUGAUGGUAAAUCAAGACAAUCCAACAUCCACAGAACUAAAUGUUGACUAGACAUGACUCCAUUAUGUGUUUUCUUAUUUAUGUAUCUGUUGUUCAUGGAAGAGUUCAUUAAAUCUUGAAAAUAAACCAUUAUAUUAGGAAUAUUUUAGAACCAUGUCAGGCCCAAAAAGGGGGAAAAGUUUAUAACUUCCGCUUGUUUAUUUUGGGUGCUAUAAUCAGGAUGUCACUGUAUUUGUGGUAUGCCUACAUGUAUUACUUUGCUGAAGUAAUGUUUUUUUAAUUCCGUUAAAACAUCAAAGCUUUUGAUAACUUACUUUUGAACUAUGUGCAGAUCUUCUGCCCAUCUAGUUAUUGAGAACUUGUGUCCUUUGAGUGAUAAUUUUCCAGCUCUUAAUGCUGCACUUUUGAGAAGUUAAGGAUUGAAAUACAUAUACCUACUUCUGUAAUAGUAAUACAUUUUGGGUACAGAAUUUUCUUUUUGUAAUAGAACAGUAAAUGACCAUUGUAGUUAGCUUCCUAUUACACGGAGAGAUGAAGAAGACCUAUAGCAACUUUUGAAGAAAGCUUUCAACUUUUUCAAAACAUAAUAUAUCGAAUCUUGACUUCCUCGGGAUUGUGAGCAUGUUUACAGUAUUCAUGAGCAGUAUUCAGUGGAUUAUGAAUGACUGCAAGAAGUCACAUACAGUAUUCAGUGGAUUAUGUAAGGUUAAGAGAAUGUGUGGGUUUUUUUCCCUCAACAAUGGUUCUCCACUCACUGAAAAAAUAAACGACAGACUGAAAAUGUGUGUGUGUGUGUGUGUGUGUGUGUGUGUGUGUGUGUGUGUGUGUGUGUGUGUGUGUGUGUGUGCUUGUGUUUUCAUGUGUAUGAAGAUUUUUAGGGCUUGUAUGUGUAAAUAAUAUUGUUGCUUUAUUAAUUAAUUCAUCUACUUUCUCCAGGACCAUUCACCUGUGUUUCUUUGUGUGUGUAAGCUUUGAGUGUCCUUGCACAUAUUUAACAUGACAUCAUUUUUGAGCCAUAAUCAUAAAUUUAGAUGAAAGCUGGCAAAAUUAAUCUUUGGUUCAAAACAGUUUUUCCACUUAGAAACUUUGAAUAAUUACAUAUUUUGCUCAUGUCAAUCAGGGUCCAACAUUGAAUAAAAUACAAAAAAGUUUAUCUCUGUUCAUUAGAGUAUCAUUGCUCCACUCAAGCUUAAAAUGAAACUGAAUCUCACUGAAUCCAACUGAAGCAGACCGUAUAUUUUUAAAUUAAUCAAACCUUUGAAAGGCUCCAUUUCAAACCUCAUUACAUGUAUAACUAUUUUACAACAAAA